GGUUGCUGGAGCCAGCCCAGCUAGUUGGGCGUAGGCAGGGUUCACCCUGAUCAUGUCACCAGGGCAGUAGACACACUCACAUGCACACCUAGGGGCAACUAAGAGAUGAACUGCAAACCCCAAUGGGGCAAAUAAGCAAUAAAGACCACAUUUAACAAGUUUGAACUGAAAAGUUUUGAACAGCCCUCGAGGAUUGAUUUAAGGUCUUCUUUAAUUGAUUGUGAAUCCGCUAAUUGGACCAACGCUACAGGAUCACAUCCCCUUUUCGGCCAACAGAGGAUUUCUUGUAUUGUGCGUUAAGCUACAACUUCAGGGAUUAAAUGGAAGCACAUGAUGGUUCAACCCCGUGACUUGUCAGGGAGCCUGCUCAUGGACUCAUUUCCUCUCCCCUCUUUUCUUCUUUCCCUCCUCUCCUGACGCACGCGGCGCAGCGCUCUGCCUCCCCGCGGCGCGCGCCAUGGCCUCCCCGCGCCUGGAGACGUUCUGCUGCCCGAACCGAGACGCCGCCACGGGGUUCGUGGUGAACUUCCAGUCGGUCCUGUUCGGUGCUUUGAGUCUGGGGAGCGCCGCUCUGAGUCUCAUCUUCGCCGUUGUGCAAAUUCUGCCGAAACGGAAAGGGUACCGCAGGCUCGGGCAGUAUCCUCUGCCGCGACCCGCCUCCUCAUCACGGAUCCUCUUCAUCAUCAGCGUCUGCGACAUUCUGGGAUGCGCAGGCAUCAUCAUCAGAUCAGCUGUGUGGCUGGGACUCCCCAACUUCAUCAGCAGCAUCUCUGUGGCCAACAACACGGACGUGCUGCCGGAAGUCUUCUGCGUUGGCAGUGCAAUGUGGAUCCAGCUGUUUUUCAGCGCCUCCUUCUGGUGGACGUUCUGCUACGCCGUGGAUGUCUUCCUGGUGGUGAAAACGUCUGCAGGGAUCAGCACCAUUGUCCUUUACCACAUGAUUACAUGGGGCCUGGCUGUGCUGCUGUGCGUGGAGGGCGUGGCCAUGCUCUACUACCCGUCCAUUUCAGAUUGCGAACAAGGCCUCCAGCACGCCAUUCCUCACUACGUCACCACGUACGCGCCGAUGCUGCUCGUCCUCACGGCUAACCCCGUCUUCUUCAGCAGGACCGUCUCUGCAGUAACGUCCUUACUGAAGGGACGACAAGGAAUCUACACGGAAAAUGAGAGGCGGCUGGCCAAUGAGAUAAAGAUCCGCUUCUUUAAAAUCAUGCUGGUGUUCUUUGUUUGCUGGGCGCCAAACAUCAUCAACGAGAGCCUCCUCUUCUACCUGGAGAUGCAGGUGGACAUCAACGACAGCAGCUUGAGGGACAUCAGGAACGCGGCCCUCACCACCUGGUUUAUCAUGGGCAUCCUGAACCCCAUGCAGGCGUUCCUCAACACGCUGGCGUUCCACGGCUGGACGGGCCUGGACGUGGACCUGAGCCUGCAGCAGAGCAGGGAGCUGGCCUGGGACUCUGGCUCCACCUCCGUACCGAACACAGCCGGCCAGCACCCCACGGCGGGAACGACUCUGCUCUACCAGAGCCACGUUCAGGAAGCCCAGAAAGGCAUGAUGGGAAAUGGACAGCAGCACUCCGACGCCAUCAGCGUGCUCUCAGAAGGUUCAGACUCUAGUACAGUUGAAAUCCACAUUUCCAGCGAGCUGCGAGACAGUGGGGAUGUAGACGCAGACGGGGAGUCCUUGGGAAACUCUGUAAGGCGCUAGCCGGGCUCGCCAACAAGCCGCCGUCCUCCACCUCAGCCUCACAGCCUUUAAAAAAAAAAAGAGUCACUUUCCUGGGAUUUCUGAGCUGCGUUUACAGUAUGGAGCCCCAACAGUUCCACUAAGGAACUUUAGAAAACAAAAACAUUUAGAUUACAGAUAAAUACCUGCUGCAAAUUAUUGAUUGUAUUUGAAAACUGGACUGAGUGACCCCCCCUCCUCCAUCGCUGGCUCCAAGAAACCAAAAUCCCAUAGACUUUUAUUGUGAAAUAAUCAUCAGAUAGUCAUUCUUUUUGUCAGAUUAACCAGUUAAUAGUACAAAAUAAGUUUUUUUUUAAUCAAAAAUGUUAGCCAAAUUUUUUUUUACUAUUUAUACAAAAAUACUUUGCAUAGAAACAGUUUAAAAACAAUCUCUUGUGCAUUUAAGAUGGCUGAUCUUUGUCUUUUAUUUUGUAAGCACUUGGUUUUUCCAUCUUGUGUAAACAUAAUAGCAUGUGGGCACAAAUAAGUGACUUUUUUCCCACUUUGUGCACAGAAAACAGUUGAUCUUUAGUACCAGAUAAACCUUCUAAAAAGCAGAUCCUUUUCAAAAUGACACCAGAUUUAAACAAAUUAAAUAAAAGGGGACUCCGUGCUACCAUACUGUGUUUUAAAUGUCAACUAUUUGACAGAAUAGGCGCAGAAAGAAAGCGUGACAUCGUCCUUCGUUUCUGACAUUUACGUUUUCCUGUCAAUGAGAUCCAUUUGUUUUGGAAAAUGCACUUUUGCUCUUCACCUUGUAAACACUAGUUUUGUUUGUUGAACUGAGGUGAUGUUUUUGUCCCAUCUUGUAUUCUUGUAUUAAACCUUUUGUGUCAAAAUAAAAGCCUUGUAAAUUUG